UAACGUGCGUCGUAUUCUCUUCUGUCGUGCUUCAGCUGGAUUCAUUUUCAUUUCACGGGAUAUGGACACACUUUUUUUGGAGAAAAUCGCAAAAUCUAGGUUAUUAAACCAUCGUCUCGUUUUUACCGACUGAUUAUUCUGCAUCUGACUUUAUCUCUCAGCACAACAAUCAUUUUGAUAAAAGCUCUAGUGCAAACUCCAAAGUGUGCGUGCACUGCAAAUUCUUUUGCUCGGUAUAAAUAAAUGCAAGGUGGUUUUGAUUUGACAAGUUGAAGCAUAUUAAAAGUGUACAGCAAAUUUACGAAAUAUAGAAUCUUGAAAAUAAAAUCUGGGUUCCUGCCUGUCCAUCUGUACAACAGCCGGAAUUAUAAUACAGCUAUAAUUGUCAACGUCAGCUGGGUGAAUGGACUUUCCGGACGUAAACGUGGUCCUGGAACCCAUAAUAUUAGGGGGUCUCGUAAUCGAAGAGGACGAAGCCAACCCCGAAGCGUCCAAUCGAUUCCUUGAGAACUUCAGAAGGAAUCAAAUCCAAGGAGUGCAAGGUCCUCAUGAAGGUGCCCUCGUCCUUAUUCGAACGAACGGGCUUCACCAUCGCAGAAAUUUUAUUCUUCCUGCAAUAAUACCAAACCAGCGUCCAACUCGAAACCACUACAUCCCAGCACAUCGAAGGUCUGCGAUUCCUUUACCGGAAGAAGCCUCACCCCGAGCUUCCACUUCAUCGUCAUCUCAACUUGCUCACAGUUCGAGCAGUCGUGGGGGAGUUGGAAUUGCUAGUGCGAAUACGGAUGAGAUGGGACCUUUUCAAAAACUUUGGAGCUGCGAAUGCCCUAUUCCAGGGACGCAGCCGUUGAUUCCCUGUGCAGAUUGCAAGCGGAGAGAGUGUUUCGAAUGGACUUGGGACAAUGCAAAUGGCGAUACUACGGCAGUGUUCCAAAAUAAAGAUAGAGAUAUAACGUUUAAUCCGGGAUUUAGCGUAGGUACCGUUGCCGUGAGGGGGAUGCAUCCGUUGAAACAAGGCUAUCACCAUUACUGGGAAGUCGAAAUGAGCAGUGAUGUCUACGGGACUGAUAUGAUGAUCGGAGUCGGCACAGACAAGACAGAUCUGUUGAAAUACUCGCAUAGCUUCGUGAGCUUAAUUGGUCUGGACGAUCAGUCGUGGGGUCUAUCUUAUUUGGGAACAAAACAUCACAAUGGGAAAGCUCAACAUUACACAAAAAACUUUGGACAGCAUACAGUUGUCGGUGUUCAUCUGGAUUUGUGGUCUGGAACGCUGGAAUAUUAUAUCAAUCGUAAACCCAUUGGCAAAGCAUUUAGUGGACUCCAGGGCAAAGUUUUGUACCCUUUGAUCUGCAGCACGGCAGCUCGAAGUGGGAUGAAUUUAGUAUUUUGCCGAUCAUACCCUGCAACAUUGCAACUCCAAACUAUGCUUUCACUUGGAAAAUCGAUGCUUCUUCCUGACAAUGUUUCGCUCUUUAAAGUUCUUCCGGAUAACAUAAUCCCUCCCGGACUUAAAGUUUGGAUGAAAAACAAUUUCUGGUGGAUCACAUCUAAUAAAGAAAAGCAGAAGAAAGUUGAAACAAAGACUGACAAGAAGCAAAAGACAGCGAUCUCCACGUCUAUUGAAACUCCUGGACCUAGUCAUGGUACCCGUCGCGCCCGUAAAACGAAGAAAGACCAAGAGUCGGAUGCAGGAAACGCAUUUUCCUUCCAUGACCGAGUUACAACUCGAAGCAUGGCUGCAAGACGGACAUUCAUGCCAGGAACUAAUCCAAUCUUUGCACCUGCACCUGCUGCUGCUGAUUGUCCCCUACCUGCAAAAUCGCCAAGGGUGUCGCGCGUUUCUGAAAUAACAAGACCCGUUACGCGCUCAAGCUCUUCACCCUGCGUACAUGAUGCACUGAAUGACGAUGACAUGUUGUUGGCCGACGAGAGCGAAAGACCACCUCGAGCAUCUUCUUCUGCGUCUAAUCAACCCGGAAGCAAGAGAAUGUGUCUGAGAUCAAACAAAAAGUCCAAAUAAAAUUCUGUGUUAAAAUUGUUAGCUUCAAAUAUGAUAAAACAACACCCGUUUACUAUUACUAUUUCCCGUUGUUACUCUAUCAGAGGUGAUAAUUUUGUUACAUUAAUUAUGUUAUGUAUUUAAGACAACUAUGGUUGUACAUAUCCCAACGUUGAUACACAUAGAGAUGGUGCAACUCUAAUUGAUGCGUUCUUCCUAUAUGCUACUAAUUUAACUAUAAACAGUUAGUACUAAAUAUAUACUUACAUAUAUACAAUACGAGAUGAUAUUGAGCUAAAAUCUAGUUAUGAUUGCAGUUUGUAAUAGCAAUUACAAUCUCAAAAAGUUGUUACCCAUGCGUAAGAAAAGCCAUAUUCAUAUACACCCAACUAUUCAACCCGACGACUGAAUAAUUUACUCGUUGUUAGAUCUACGUUACUAUUGUCCAGUUAUGAACACUAUCUUGGUUUACCUUUUAAUGUCAGAAAUAAAUAAUCACAAUACAAAAGUU